AUAAGCCUGUACUUAAGGUCAUUUGCGGUCUGUAGUUCCUUGGAUACUUCUCAUUUGUAGUCUUUGUGAGCGCAAUGUUUCUCACACGAAGUGAGUAUGAUCGAGGUGUCAACACAUUUAGCCCAGAAGGUCGUCUUUUUCAAGUCGAGUAUGCUUUAGAAGCCAUUAAGCUCGGAUCGACAGCUAUCGGUAUUUGCACCAAGGAAGGGGUCGUUCUGGCUGUGGAGAAACGCGUUACAUCCCCGCUUCUGGAACCGAGCAGCAUUGAGAAGAUUAUGGAGAUAGACGAGCACAUGGCGUGCGCUAUGAGCGGGCUCACUGCAGAUGCAAAGACGCUGAUAGAUCAUGCACGAGCGGACACCCAGUGUUUUACCCCUAUGCAAUCACAGCAACACCGUUUCUCCUACAACGAGCCCAUGCCAGUGGAGUCAACGACACAGUCUCUAUGUGAUCUGGCGCUGCAAUUUGGAGAGGGUUCCGACGAGGGUGGCGGCAUGAGCCGCCCUUUUGGUAUCGCGCUGCUGAUCGCUGGUUGGGAUGACAACGGGCCCUCCCUCUACCACACCGACCCCACGGGCACAUACAUCAAGUAUUCUGCCAAAGCUAUAGGCAGCGGCAGCGAGGGCGCGCAAACCAGCUUGGAGGAGGCCCUGAAGGCCAAGCCGGACAUGACGCUAGCUGAGGCUGAGGUGUUGGCGCUGUCCACCCUCAAACAGGUCAUGGAGGAGAAGGUGACGGCCACGAACGUGGAUGUGGCCAGGGUUGCGCCGAAGUACCACAUCUUCACGGAAGACGAGGUGCAGGCGCUCAUCGGCCGCCUCUGAGAGAGGGGCCCUCUUUCUAGUAACGUUGUUGCGGGCAGGAGGAAGCGAUGAGAACGUCAACGAGCUUCGCCGUUUCCAUCUGGGGUAGUUUUGAGGGUUUGUGUGUGCUGCUUCUGUAACCCGAAAACCCUAGGUCGGUAGGACUGCCUGCUGUUGCUAGCGCGAUGGUGGAGGAAGCGGGUUCGUCGAUGGGAAGCUUGCAAGUCUCUGGCAGUGGAUGGGGGUAGGUGACUUAAGGCGGCUGUGAUACCUCUUCCAUUGGGAUCCGCUAUGGGCGGUGGACGGAGGUUGGCGGCAUUUCCGACACGAUAUGCCAAGUCAGUCAAUGGGUGCUGAAGCUGCGGCUUUUGUGCGAGCCGAGUAUACAGCUCUUGAUAUGGUGGUUUGAGUUUUGCCACGAUUGUUCUCGCCCAUCUAUUGAGUAUGGCGUGGAAACUGCGGCUCUGCGCCUCCGGCUUUGAUAAUUAGAUAGGUC